GGCGCCCGGCAGACGGCGGAGCCCCUGGAUGGAGCUGGCCGCGGGGCGCCCGGGCACCGCUGCCUGCUGAGCCCCGGACCGGACGGCGGUCGGCGUUCUCGGCGAAGGGGACCAGCCGCGCGCCGGCACCAUGUUCCUGGCGACGCUGUACUUGGCGCUGCCGCUGCUGGACGUGCUGCUGUCGGCGGAGGUGAGCGGCGGCGACCGCCUGGACUGCGUGAAAGCCAGCGACCAGUGCCUGAAGGAGCAGAGCUGCAGCACCAAGUACCGCACGCUGAGGCAGUGCGUGGCGGGCAAGGAGACCAACUUCAGCCUCGCGUCCGGCCUGGAGGCCAAGGACGAGUGCCGCAGCGCCAUGGAGGCCCUCAAGCAGAAGUCGCUUUACAACUGCCGCUGCAAGCGCGGCAUGAAGAAGGAGAAGAACUGCCUGCGCAUCUACUGGAGCAUGUACCAGAGCCUGCAGGGAAAUGAUCUGCUGGAAGAUUCCCCGUACGAACCAGUCAACAGCAGGUUGUCCGAUAUAUUCCGGGUGGUCCCCUUCAUACCUGACGUGUUUCAGCAAGUGGAGCACAUCCCCAAGGGGAACAACUGCCUGGACGCCGCCAAGGCCUGCAACCUGGACGACACGUGCAAGAAGUACCGGUCCGCCUACAUCACCCCCUGCACCACCAGCAUGUCCAACGAGGUGUGCAACCGGCGCAAGUGCCACAAGGCCCUGAGGCAGUUCUUCGACAAGGUGCCGGCCAAGCACAGCUACGGGAUGCUCUUCUGCUCCUGCCGCGACAUCGCCUGCACCGAGCGCCGGCGGCAGACCAUCGUGCCCGUGUGCUCCUACGAGGAGCGGGAGAAGCCCAACUGCCUGAACCUGCAGGACUCCUGCAAGACCAACUACAUCUGCAGAUCUCGCCUCGCGGAUUUUUUCACCAACUGCCAGCCGGAGUCCAGAUCUGCCAGCAGCUGCCUGAAAGAAAACUAUGCCGACUGCCUGCUCGCCUACUCGGGGCUCAUUGGGACAGUCAUGACCCCCAACUACAUAGACUCCAGCAGCCUCAGCGUGGCCCCGUGGUGCGACUGCAGCAACAGUGGCAACGACCUGGAAGAGUGUUCGAAGUUUCUGAAUUUCUUCAAGGACAAUACGUGUCUUAAAAAUGCAAUCCAGGCUUUUGGCAACGGCUCCGAUGUCACUGUGUGGCAGCCAGCCCUCCCGGUCCAGACCACCACUGCCACUACCACCACAGCCUUCCGGGUCAAGAACCAGCCCCUGGGGCCAGCAGGGUCUGAGAACGAGAUCCCCACCCACGUUUUACCGCCUUGUGCAAACUUACAGGCACAGAAGCUGAAAUCCAAUGUGUCUGGCAGCACACACCUCUGUCUUUCUGAUCGCGACUACGAGAAGGAUGGCCUUGCCGGUGCCUCCAGCCACAUAACCACAAAAUCGAUGGCUGCCUCUCCGAGCUGCGGUCUGAGCCCACGGCUGGUUCUGGUGGUAACCGCCCUGUCCACCCUCUUACCUUGGUCCUUGGCAGAAACGUUAUAGCUGCGUUUCAAAAACAACAUGGACCUGUAAAAAGACACACACCACAUUAUCCGUUUCCUGUCCUCUUGUAUAUCUGAAAUUCCAGUUUUAGGCGCUCCGUGGAAACAUUGCUCAAGCAGUUUCAUCCAACUGAAACUUUCCCCCCUUUUUGUGUGUGUGUGUUUUUGUUUUUUAAGAAAGCUUCUUGUGAUCCUUAGGGCUUCUGUGGGAUUCCCAAUGCAGUGCCACAUUCCAAACUCGGAAGGCUCUGGGGACGUUGUAUUGUAAAGGGGCGGUUUGUACCUCUGGCUGUGAAGCAAACGGGGCCAAGUUUUUCAUGAUGAUGAUUUUAACCAUUGAACCCUGCCCUUUGCCGGCUAGCGAAGGAGUUAGUAUUGCUCCAGAAUCUUCCCCAUUUCCUGCGGUGGCUUUGGUGUCUGAUGACAUCAUGCAGCCUCCCAAGCUUUUUGGUCACAAAUCAGAGAUUCUCCUCAAGAGAAUCCUUGAUGGACUUUGGUUUGUCCCAAUGCUCACCUUUCUAUACGUUCUACCCCUUUCGGCGCUGAAGUUUGUGUUCCGUAGCCAGUUCUGCUCUCUCCUGCAAACCCAAAAGCACCCAUCACACCCAGAGGCAGUGCGUGGCUUCUAGUGAAAACAGAGUGAGGGGCGUGGGUGUGAAGCUUCCCAAGGGGCGUGGGUGUGAAGCUUCCCAAGCCUGAGUCAUCGACCUCCCCCUCCUGAGCCUUACCCACGUGGGAAGCCCUCCCACGAAGCGCCCAGCAGAGCUGAAGCGUCCCUCUAACCCCUUUACAUGUUUGAUGUUCUAUGUAGACAACUAUCAAUAUUUACUACUAAAUGAUUUCAACUGUUGGAUUCCUAUAUUUUGAGAGUAAUGAUCUUGUCUCCAUUUUUUACUGAUGGUUUAAUACAGUACACGCGGAGCUUGUUUUCCCCCGCUUAAGUAGGGUUAGCUCCGGCAUUAACUCCCUGGACAGCCCUUUCCAGGCCGGUUCCGAGGGGCCUCCUGCUUCAGCAGAGGGCUCUGCGUCACGUGGCUGUGGACAGGAGGAGGAGACAGAACAGCCUCGCUUUUGUUACCAUUUCUUGAUGAAACGCGUGUGCACCAGUAAAUGCAUCCUAUGAUGGGAGGAAGCUGGAGGCCACUGGUAAAUGCUCCGCAGUGGCUGAUGGCAUUCUUGCCAUUGCCAUAAUCCAGUAGCUUGGUUUUCACAUUGCCUGACAAAGGCGGCUUUGACUGGGACGGGACGGGGGCAUGCUACCCUCUCUUCCGAAGCGGGUCCAUGCCAGGGUGCAGAGUUCUCUCCGGACUGUGAUGGCUUGGCCGCUGUGGAGAGCAGUUCGGUCUGAAGGUCAUCAGGAACCUGCUUGCAUUUGUUCUGCAUGCCCCAGGGCAGACGGGGACGGACUGUGUGAGAAGGAAAGACUUGUGGAUCAAGGUCAACUCAUCUUCCAUCAUCCUCUCCCUUAAGAAGACCCUAGCGUGCGCUUGGGAAGUCCGGUGGGAAUGGUGCAUUUCAGAAUCUACAGGGAUCGGGUGCUGGUAGCCUUGUGUCUCCAGAACCAAAUCGCAAAGCGAUUCCACCUUCGCAGAGUGCUGGGAACAUCGCCCUUCUUAUCAUCUCAGCAGAGGGGCUGGAGGAGGAGGCCAUGGUACCCAUGUCAUGCUGAUCCCCUCGGCCCGCCGACGCUUGCCUUGUAAGAAUUAGUCACGUUACUGGGGUUGGAAAAAAUCUAUUAACUCCGAGCUGAAGGCAUAGACUUUGAGCUCCAUUGGUGUCUGAAGUGCAUUUAUAUCCAAGUGUUAAUAAAUAUAAAUGGAUAAUACUAAGAACCAACGUUUUUUCACUUCCAAAUGUUUUCCAGGGAAACCCACCAAACAAAUUUGAUUAGUAAAAAGUUUCCUAAAGACUUACUUUGAAUAAACCCAUUAAAUGUGUCAAAAUAUUUGGAAUCCCAGUCAUCUAUGACUGCCUAGCCCUUACAAGGCAUAUUUUUGUUUUAAUUAAGAUAUCCCUGUGUAUCUACACUGGACUAAUUGCAUGUGGGUCUAAGUCCGUGUAGUCUACUGUGGAAAGCUAUUGAUUACUUCUGUGGGAAACAGCAGCUCUAAUUAGCUUCCGAUGACCAAGAGGAUAUGGGCAUUAUCAGGGCUAACAAGGGUACCCUGUACUGAAGAACGCGUGGGUGUACAACACAUAAAUUACAUUUUGAAAAGCCUCAUCUAUCACCAACAAAGAUCUCAUUUUUCUUCCACGAAAGAAGCAUAUUAGAGUUACCAAAUCCUCAAUUUGAAAAUAAAUUGCUGAUUAAAUAGCCGAGGGGAAAGACAACACAUUCGAGAGCUAUUAAAAUCAUGCCGAGCACGUGUGACUGCCAUUCAGCGUGAUCUCAGUUGAACCCAGUGGCCCUCAAACCCCAUCGUUUACCCCGGGACUGGAGCAGGCAAGUGGCUUCAAUCCUUUCCGUGUCUGAUUGUCUUUUGCUGCCCUCAAAGCAGAAAUCAGUCACUACCUCUUGUCUGUCAGUCCCCGCAUGUAGCGAGCCACCCAAUUCAAGGCCUGUCCGCUGAGGCUUGGGCCUCUGGCGGAGAGCAGCUCCUUAUAGUUGACUUCGACAAAACCAAAACAGUCAUUUCUGUCCAGGGAGACUGUGAAUCCCAGACCAAGGCUAGCCACGCCCAACUUAUUUCAGAGAAAAAGGAAGGCACCUUUGCCAAACCAAUUAGAAGCACACUCAUUCCACUUCGUUGUUGAAGCUCUUCGGCCCGUCUUUGUUUUGUGUAUCUUGUUAAUAGAGCACAGGAAGAGAGGAAGGAGUGCACAAUAGAGAGAGGAAUUAAUCCAGAAAGCCACCUGAAUCUGUAUUUUUCCAUAUUUGAAUUUUUCGAGUCUCUAGUAGAAAACCUGUAAGUUGGUAAUUACAUUAGGUAUUUUUUUCACCAAGUAGAGCAAACUGUAUCCAAAAUGCACUAGGAGUGUGGUUUCCAUUAAAAUGAAUUGUUAAAAAACAACAACACGUGUUUAUCCUGUAGUUAAAAAUGUCUUAAGAAGCCGUGUGUUUGAGUUCAUCAAAUACAGGGCAGGACUGGGUGGCCCUUGAUUCGGGCCGUGUUAAGACUGCUCUCGUCAUGUGCACGCUCUGAGGAUGAGUCCUCUCCAGCUGUGUCCCACCUGCCCCUUUGUACCCGAAGCCAGGCACUCCCCACACUCCAGCUGCCGCCCUAGGGAAGUGGGGGCAGAAGCAUUUCAAAGUCAGUGGCAAGUGCCUAGGGAAGGAGAGGGAAGAGCGGUGGGAGGUAAAAUAAUCAGCACAUUCUUUUCUUAGAAUCCAGUAUAAUGCAUUUCUGCUGUUAGUAUUUACCAAAGAGCGGAGCUGUCUCUUCAAAAACAUGUUUCCAUUCAUGUAGUCGGGCCAUGCACUACUACUUUGAGUCUAAACUCGUGGCCAGAAAAGGCCUGCUGAAGCGAGUUCCCAUUUCCUAAUUCUCCUUUGCAGCUGUCCUUGAUCUCCUGAAUUUAUACCCCUGUGAUCUUGGCUGCUUCAGCUCUUUGAUAAAGCAAAUGAGAUCAUGGGAGGAGACCCAUCUUUGCAAGAAGACCAAAAGCAAUGGCAACAGAGUAAAUUAUGAAAUGGCCCAGGCAUGGUCCCUGCAGAAGGGUCAAUCUGCACUGGCCUUGAGGAGUUUGGAGAGAGGAGGCCCAUCCAGGUGCAACGGGAGGACACCUGCAUGAGUGACGAUCACACAAUCUGAGGAUGUCCCUUACUGAUCCGAAUAGGAACCGUGUCCUAACAAAAGAGCCACAGGCCCUUCAGUUAGACAGCAGUGUCUCUGGGAAAAGCAAGCCUGAACAAAUACCUGGGUAACAGAGAAAAUAAUGUCUUUCUAGAGAUUUUAAGAGAGUCAAACAGCCGGGAAUUGGGUUGGACACCCUAAGAAGCUACGUUCUUCUCUUAUUCCUCAGACGGGCUUCUCACGGAUAGAUCGGACACGUCCUGGGUUCCACAUGGCUUUUGUUCUCACAUGACCCUUUGUUUGAAGCCUGUUGUCUGGAAUUCUUCCGGAGGGCGGUGCCUCCAACACCCAUUCUCACUGCCCAGGCCUUAAACCUGUGGGUUUCGCCACCGCCUCCGACCCGGGGUGUAGGUAGUGGGACAUUUCAUUUCACAAGGAUAGUGCAUUAAGGUAUGGGCUGCCUCGGUUCCCUUUCAUAUGGAUUGUUGCCCCCGCCCGCUACCUUUCCCCUUGUCACGUAUUGCCUGAACAUGUAACACGGUCCCUUCCCAUCCAUUCUUCCUCCCCGGCCCUCUGAACGUAGUCGGACCCAACUGCUUCUUGUUCGGGCAGAGGCCUUCACAGGUAGCCCUGGCUUUUUGAAGGUGGAGACGCCUUUCUUAGGAGCCAGGAGAUCUGAAGAUGAUGCCCAUCCCCGGAGUAGGAAUUUUAUUCAUUCCACAUGCCCCUGAGCUCCCUCUUAGCUCAGCCUCCCUGCUGCCUACUCUGCAGGCAUCCCUUUGUGGCCCGCUGCUCUCUGAUGAGCUAGAUCCCCUUGUCUCCCCCCGGGCUUGGGGGGGGGGGGGAGUGUUCAGCGGGAUGUGCCACCUGUACUUCUGAUGACUCGGAACCCCAGCCCGGAGGAGUGGGGCCGGCCCACCGACGCCGCUUUAAUCAGCUGCCCGUGGAGAGCCACAGCCCGCCCGCGCUCACCGAGAACACAGCCUCCCGAGGUCUCCAACUCAUUUGACCAGCGCAGCUGCGACUCCGUCCUGUGCCUCUGGCAGGUGCCCACAUCCGCAUCUUGUCCCCCUGCCACGGGGAGUUUAUUCUCGCUCCAGGGCAGCCGCCAAGCUUGGCACUGGCCUCUGCUGAAGGUUUGCUCUUGUUUUCUCUUCAUCCCGGCCUGGGCUUUCUUACCGGUCCCCGGUGUUUGUUCUGUAGAAAGUGCCGAGAGAGACAGGCCAGAGACCAUCAGCCCUUCCUUUGUUUCCUUGGAGCCUCAGGGCUGGGAGCGGGGCCAGGUGGGCCUGUCCGUGAACUGUCCAAGCCAUCAUGUCCCGGCCACAGUGCCAGGGACACCGGGAGACGCCAGCCUGCUGUGGCCAAGGACAGCAAACCCUGGCAGUGCCCACUCAGCAUUGCAGAACCUCAAAGGAGCAGUGACCCCUGGUGCCUGUCAAACGUGACAUCAUAAGGUUCAAGAAGGGUAAAGAAUUGGAAUAACCGAUGGAUGCCCUGCGGAUGGCAACUCCGGGGCUGUUACCCGCAGGUAAAGGGCUGUCCUCCUGUCACUGUGGCCGGGCCGGGUGUCUGUCACAGGGACAGCCUGCCUGGCACAGUGGCACCUGAGCACCCUGUCCCAGAUGCUGCAGAGCUGUAGGAUGCAGCAUCUGCGGCAUGCAUAGCGUGCUUGAUCUGGAUUUUGUUUUGUUUUUCUCUCUUAGCUCUAGCUAAAAUGUGUGUUGUGGGGGAGUGGUGGAGAGAAUGGGAAUGAUAACACCAAAUCCCAGAAAUGCCCUGCCUUCGUCGGCCAAGGCCUACGGCAAUCAGAUAAUUCUGCUGCGCUCUUUUGGAUCUGGAAAUAGCUGAUCGUCCUCGGAGGGCUGAAGAAACCGCUUCGGAAACGUGAAAUCCAGGGCCUUAUCGUUCUCCUAAUGAUCUGUCUUCUCUUCCCUCCUCUCACUGUCCCCCGAGGGAGGAGGGGGGACACUUCUCAUCACAGAGUUGGCUUUAAAGAGUUUUCUCAUCUCCUGCGCCUUAUCCCUUGAUAUUGAAAUUAUUUUCUCCUGUUUAAGCCGAGCCCCGCUGAGAAGCGGGUUGAGAUGUGGGAUGCGGACUUUUUCCAGUGCGGUCUUUGGGCUGGCGCCGAAUUUUCACUCCGCACCGAGGGUUUGUCUCGGCUCCUGUUCCUUCUGUUUCCUGCAAGGUGAACGACAGAGGUGGAAUGCCAAAAGGAUUCCGGGUUCUAGGGUCCUGUUAGGAUUCUGUCCUGGGAGAGGGGUUCCUCUGAGCGGGGGGGACGGGGGGAACGGAUCGGUCUCCCCUUGGUAGUGUGCUUCCUGCGGCUUUGCCUUUGAAGCACAUACAUGUAUCCCAUGGGCCGGAGUGUUGCUUUCCUGAGGAAGGAGCCCAGGUCCCCCGGGGUCCCUCCCACGCGGCCUUCCUCGCCCGCACCCACGGGGACCCUCCACCACGUGUGAGAAGUGCACGCUUCGCCCUUUGGACUUUGGAAGUGGUUUUGUGAUGUUUGACUUUUCUGUUCGCAUUUGCUCAAGCACUACUGAUUGUACACGUAUGCCGUCCCUCAGCCGGCCCCACCCUCGAGUAUCCUAAUAAACGUUUUCUUUUCUU